GCGGAUCUAUCGGACUUCCCUGUGCUGUCGCUUUCGAUUGUAGCGUAAUUAGCAGCUGUACGUGCGCAGCGGUUUACUUCGACCUGUCUGAGGGACUGACAGUGAUCCAGCGGCGCACUGAAAACCUGCUCGAUCCAGUCCCUGCAGAUCACACCAUGAGUGUCAGCUCAAGACGGAGCAACGGGGAAGACCUCGACGAGCUGGAGUCAGUCAGCUGGUAUCAUUAUGAUUUGUCCCGGCAUGCAGCUGAAGCUCUUCUCCUUUCGAAUGGGGUGGAUGGGAGUUUUUUACUCAGAAACAGCAACAAAGGACUUGACUGCUUUGCUUUGUCUGUUCGAGCAAAGGAUUCAGUGAAACACUUUCAUGUCCGGAGGCAGUUUGGCAAAUAUUCCUUUGGCUUCAAUGAAUUUCCUUUCCUUCAGGAUUUUUGCAGUCACCUUGCCAAUCAGCCGCUGCUAGGCAGUGACACAGGAAACCUGAUAGUGCUACGGUUUCCAUACCCACGGCAGGUGGAAGAACCGUCCAUUUAUGAGACUGUGUGUGUGCAUACGGCCAUGCAGACAGGUCGACAUGAAAACGACCUAGUGCCUAAUGCUCCAUCACUUGGCACUAAAGAAGGUUAUCUGGUUAAACAAGGAGCUAUCAUCAAGAACUGGAAGCAGAGAUGGUUCACACUGAAUAGAAAUGAACUUAAAUAUUUUAAAGAAAAGAUGUUUGUAGAGCCAAUACGAACCCUGGAUCUGACGGAGUGCUCUGCUGUUCAGUUUGAUUACAGUCAGGAGAGGGUUAACUGCUUCUGUCUGGUGUUCCCAGAGAGGACGUUUUAUUUGUGUGCAAAAUCUGGUGCUGAGGCAGAUGAAUGGAUUAAAAUACUGCGAUGGAAACUGUCACAGAUAAAGAAAGGAUGAUGAUGUUCAACGUGGAGAGAAGUUGUAGCGGAGCAAUGCGAGCUGUAUACAUUUAAAUACUAGUAUAUACAGAGGAUACAUCAACUGCAUCUGAUGCUCUGUGAUCUUGGCAUCACGGUUGUACAACUGGUCACACCUAAAAUAUCUUUUGGUCAAUGAAUAACAGGUUUUUACAUAGAAGAAAAGCACAGUUCCAAGGCACCAUGCUAUUGUGCUUUAUAAAGCUAUCUGAAGACGGUGCACUACCAGUAUUGAGAUUAUAAUUGACAAGUUUUUUUUU